AUGAACUUGGCAACCAACGAGGGGUCUGGCAUAGCCGACCAACACCAUAUACACGCUGUCAACUCUGCAGCAAAAAAUACCAAAGGUCAACCACACAAUUCCAGAAUCACCUCGGACAGAGGGAUCGCUGGAGAUGAGAAAGAUGGCACAUUUAUAUCUCCGAUAGAUGGAACUGUCCAUAAGUCACCAGUGGCGGUAUCCAAGUUGGCGGACCUGAGUGCCGACGCUAGCACCGCUGCCGACAGUGAACGAAAAAUGAGCCUACUAGAAGGUAUAAGGUUAUACCCAAAAGCCAUAUUCUUCUCAUUUGCUCUUUCGCUGGCCGUAGUCAUGGAAGGCUAUGAUACAUGGCUGUUGAGCAGUUUCUAUGGCAUGGCGGCGUUCGCCAAGAAGUACGGUCAAUACACUGGCCUCGACAAAGAAGGCAACCCAACAUAUCAACUCAGUGCCACAUGGCAGAAUGCUCUCGGAAACGGAACUAGCGCCGCUCAAAUUAUUGGACUGUUCAUCAAUGGUAUUGUUGCGGAAAGGAUUGGAUACCGCUGGACUAUGAUUGGAGCUUUAUUCGCCAUUACAUGCUUCAUUUUUAUACAGUUCUUUGCUGUUAAUGUAGAGAUGCUUCUUGCUGGAUAUAUCAUGUCUGGGUUGCCAUGGGGCGUCUUCCAAACCUUGACGACAACAUAUGCAGCAGAAGUCUGUCCGGUUCCUUUGCGCGCAUAUCUCACUACCUAUGUAAAUCUCUGCUGGGUCAUAGGACAAUUAAUUGCCUCCGGAGUCUUGAAAGGGUUCGUAUCUGGCGACACUGAAUGGUCUUACCGUAUUCCGUAUGCCAUUCAAUGGGUGUGGCCCAUUCCAAUCGCCAUAGCUACUUUCUUCGCUCCUGAAUCACCAUGGUGGCUCGUACGUCACGGAAAGAUAGAGCAAGCUCGUGAAGCUCUCCUCCGCCUUACUUCUCAGAAGACCAAUCCGAAUUUUAAUGUCGAAGAAACUUUAUCUAUGAUGAUUCAUACCCACCAAAUGGAGAUUGAGCAAACAUCUGGCACCUCAUACUGGGAUUGCUUCAAAGGUGUUGAUCUUCGCCGAACAGAAUUAGCUGUCAUGACAUGGGUGAUCCAACACACGUCCGGCUCACCCAUGAUUGGCGCUGGCACAUAUUUCAUGGAACAGGCUGGCCUCUCGCCCUCCAAUGCUUUUUCGCUUGGUGUUGGUCAAUCCGCAAUGGCUUUCGUCGGUACAGUUGGGUCAUGGUUUUUGAUGCCACAUUUUGGCCGCCGAACGCUGUACCUCUGGGGACAAAUUCUCAUGUUCACAAUUUUGGUGACUGUUGGUGUUCUUGGGAUACCAAAGCUCAAUUCCGGUAUUAGUUGGGCUACCGGCGCACUUAUUCUCAUUCUCACCUUUGCCUACGACCUCACAGUUGGACCAGUCUGCUACUCACUCGUGGCUGAGCUACCAUCAAAUCGCCUUCGAAUCAAGACUGUCGCUUUAUCGCGCAACUCAUACCUUGCCUCUGGUUUCGUCACUAGUACUCUUCAGGCGCGUUUAAUAAACCCAACUGCCUGGAAUUGGCGUGGAAAGGCAGCUUUCCUCUGGGCUGGAACCAACUUGGUUGGCAUUGUUUGGACUUAUUUCCGUCUGCCAGAACCUAAAGGUCUUACCUUUGCUGAUAUUGAUGUGCUCUUUGAGAAGCGCGUUCCGGCGCGUAAAUUCAGCAAAUUCGCCGUCGAUCCAUAUCACUCUGAUGAUAUCGCUUCCAUUGAAGAGGAAGAGAAUGUCGGUGAUAAUUAUGCGAAGAGGAAAUAA